CUGGGCAACACUCGACCGUUCUUCCAAGGGUUGCCCGCCACCACCCGUGGAUAUGAUGGAUCCACGCUGGAGGACCAGACUCAUGCUCCACCCACACCCACACCCCCAGCCACGCCCACACUGCCACCUGCUCAUGCCUACCACCCAUACCAGCACCCUGCAGGUGUAACGAGGCAGCGCCUACCACUAGCCUUCCUGGUCUGCUGCCUCCUAGCCGCCCCAUCACACCAUACUCCCUCACAUAAACUUCCAGAUCAUACACAAGCUGCCUCACCGUAUAGUGUUGCCACUUUCCUACAACCACAAACCACCAAAACUUCUAAUGAGGCACGCUUCGUGGCUGUCGGUAUUUCCGCCACCAGGUAUCAGCACCAGCAGCUACCACACGGCCCUCAAAUCCUUUAUAUGACCCACGGACAUCAUCCCGCUCAUACAGCAGCCAACCAUCUCAUGUAAUAGAUCCUCGCAUACUAAAUCGACCAUACAAUACACAAUCGUCUGUAUCUGCAGAAAGUCGCACUCUUGGUCGUCCAUAACCCAAGCUCCCAGUGCAGCAGAACUACGGCCUACUCGACCAUAUAACACACAGUCUACCCUCAAAGGAGACUCAAAAAUUCCUAUACGACCUUUUAGUACCCAGUCUGCUCCUUCCAGUGACUUGAGGGCAUAUCCUCAUCCAUUUAGUCCUCAGUCUCUUGGUUCUAAUACUCAAAGUCACUUGGAGAGCAAAUUUUCAUCUAAAACUCGACCAGACCCAAGAGCGAACUUCCAUCAUGAACAGUGGAGUCCGCUGUAUAGAGCUCCUGAAGCCAAGCCCUUGGAGAGACUGGCGCCAUCCGUCCACAUAACCCCUAUUAGUGUGAACGGCUCCAAGGAUGCUCUCUAUUUAGGAAAGAAAUCUGAAGAAAUAACAGGUGUUAGACGAUCAGAAGACCCUUAUAUUAGAAGAAGUGUAGAAACCUUUUUGGGU